CCAGGUCUUCCAUGUGCCAAUGUUUUGAUUUUUUUACGAACUUCGGACUUAAAAUUUUCAAGUUUUAUCUAAAAAUGAAGGUAAUUGUUGAAAAUAUCGCCAAAACAUGCGGAGGACGCAUUUGUCGCUUCACAUCACUGCCUUUAAAAACAAAAUCCGAAGAAAAAAUCGAACUUGAAGCACCUUUUCCGCUGCUUUACACAAGAGGCGCCAGUCUUCCUCACAUCUCCCGCGAAGUGCUUGAAAUGUGCAAUUUUGACCCUCAUCUACCGCUUCUUGUACCUCUGAGCACCACAAUUCACAUGCAAGACACUUGCAAAGCGCUAAAAAUGCCAAUUUCGACGUUUGCUUCGUUGCCCGAGAAGAUGUCUUUUGUCGUGCUGAACGAUCCAACGGAGGAAAUUCGAUUGGGAGUGCAAGACAUGAAAAGUAUGAGUCUUGUGACACGCAAAGGACGUCAUCCGUUAACAAGUGACAAGUUCAUGGACCUUAUCGAUGCAUUCCAACCGGAUUUUUAUCACGUUCUCUGUGAUGGAUGGACCCCAAAAGACGCGAGCAAGAAACGUUUGAGCAAGGCACUCGACAAAUCGAAGAAAUUUUUCGAGGAAUGUUUGACGAAACAUCAAAAAAUGGAGAAAUCCGGAAGUUUUUUCGUCGCCGCUGUCGAAGGAGGCUUAAAUAUCGACGCCAGAAAGGACAUGAUGAACUUUCUAAAGCAACACGAGAACGAAAUUGACGGAUAUUUGCUCGAUGGACUCCACAUGAACGGCCUUUCGACAGUUUCUUUGAUGGAAAAUCCCGAAGAUUUGAAGAAAUUUUACGAAAUAAUCGAUUUUUGUACGAAAACUUUGCCGGAAUCGAAGCCAAAAUUCAUGUUUGGUCCAUUCCCGCCGCCGAUGAUCCUGCAACUCGUCAAAAGAGGCGUCGAUGUGUUCGAUACGUCGUACGGAUAUAUGGCAACGCAGUCAGCAAACGCGUUAAUUUUCGAUUUUGAGCAAGGAGGUGAAGGAAAAUUCGCGUUAAAUUUGAGCGAUGAGGCUUUUAAAGAAGAUUUUAGUCCCUUGAAAGAAGGAUGCGCGUGUCUGACAUGCAAAAAUCAUACAAGAGCGUACAUAAAUCAUCUCGUGAUAUGUCGAGAAUUGCUGGGACAAACACUUUUGAUGAUUCACAACACACAUCACUACCUUGAAUUUUUCAAAACUAUCAGAAAAAGUGUGAAGGAAGACACUUUGGAUGUCCUCAUAAAAUGCGUGGAGCAACAAUAUUCCCCGAUAGAUUUGACAGAAAAAGUAAGAAAAGAGAAAAGGGAACGUUUAGAAGACGAGGAUAAUGUUUCAAUGGUUUCCGUAUAAAAAAAUUCGUUAAAAAAAUUUUA